AUGUCAGCUUCACCAUUGCGCCCUGAAAUCGACUUUUUUUCGCUUUCUGAUGUCGACACCGGACAAGAGAAGAUGUUAGCACAUGUACUAAAGAAUAGUGCUAAAGGCAAUGUCGACUCGGUGAUUAAGGCCAUCGAUGACUACUGCUGGACGACGAGCUGGAUGAUGAACGUGGGCGACCGUAAAGGUUUGAUUCUCGAGGAGGCCAUUCGCAAGCGGCAGCCAAAAACUGUGCUCGAACUAGGCACCUUCUGUGGUUACUCGUCCCUUCGUAUCGUCUCCCAGCUGCCUGGCGACGCCCGCUUCAUCACCAUUGAAAUGAAUCCAUUAUCGGCUGCUAUCGCCGCUCAACUGCACGAACAUGCUGGUGUCACCAGCCGCAUUACUUGCAUAGUCGGCUCAACAGAUAACGUAAUUCCUACGUUGUCUGAGCAAUUUGCCAUUCAGUCGUUUGACCUGAUCUUUAUCGAUCACUGGAAAGAAGUCUACCUGAGAGACCUACAACUACUUGAACAGAUGAAGCUUAUUGCUAGUGGAACGGUUGUCGUCGCUGAUAAUGUUAUAACACCAGGUGCACCCGACUACUUAGCCUAUAUUCGAAACAAUCCUAACUAUGAAUCGAUCUUUCACGAGGCCAUGCUGGAAUAUACCGAUACCCAUAAAGACGGAGUAGAAAUAUCAAUUAGAAAAUAA